CGCACUUGAGUUAAUGGCGUGUCUGUUUUGGUGAGGACUUUUACAACGCGAAAGUUCUCAACUUCCUGUUGAUUUGUGGCUUUCUCCUCCUGUAGUGCUUGGUUUGUGUGGUUAUGGAGACUUCAGCUGAGGACCCUGAUGAUGUGUACACGUGUGGUGUUUGCUACGCCAAGAUCAACAUCAGCGACCUGACCAACCAUGUGUUCCUACACGAUGACUACUCAGCCUUCUCGUAUGAUGAAACUACAAAGAUUAUUGAACCAAUCACUGAGGCAGUCAAGAAUAACAUAGUGAAUGUUGAGGUUGCUGAUUCUGGAGAUGUCCAUAGCCAGGCUUACAACUUGGCCACAACAGCAUCAGCCCUGGUGGACCUGGGGACAGGGCCAGACCAGCAGGGAGCAGCGGACCAGCAAAUCGGCUCCGAUCAGGUGGCUAUCAUGUACGACCACCAAACACAGCAGGACGAUAACACAGUUGUGACACUCGCUGACGAAAAAUCUGUUCCCCUAAGUGUUUUCCCAAAUAUGUCACAAAUUCCUGUUUCUCUUACUAAUUUCAAUGUCCAGAUAGGUGGGGCUUCUAUUUCCUCUUCUGUUGUCCAAGAGCCUGAUAUUUCAGAAAGAACAAGUCUAGUUGGUCUUCAGUUGAACCCAUCCGAUGAUUCCAAGGUUCAAUAUAUAACCAUUCAGAAGCCAGAUUCCAACCCACAACCGGCUGUCUCAAAGGAAUCAAUAGCACAAAGCAAUUUGUCAGCAUACCUUAAAGCUACAGUUCCAACUGUUAGCAAGUUGAGCACAUUGAAUGAAAUUUUUGUUUGGAAUAGAGGAAGAAAUUUGAAAUCAGGAGAAACAGUGACCAAUGUCCAGGCACCUAUUAUAGAGAAUGGAGUAAGCAGACUGGCUGAAUGUGCAGUUGUUUUCCUUAGACAUGUUCCUUUAGAUAGAAACUCAAACAAACGUUUUGGUGAAGCAGAAACAUCGUGUGAGGAGGUUCCAAAUGUAGAUGGUCUCGAUGAGAUGGCUAUUGAGAUGGUUCUUGAUUCCAGGAGGCAUAUGAUGAAGAAGAAGCAUGGAAAGCCAGGGCGUCAGAUGGAAGUUUACAAGUACAAAGAGACUGGAAUGUCUGACACAAUUGCUAAGGAGCUCAGGAAGUCAAUGUUGAAAGACAGCCCUGCAGUUGCUAAGUACCUCCAAUCCAUGAACAUUCCAAAUGAUGAUUUACAAGAAUUAGAGAGUUAUGCUUCACAACAACAGCAGCAUGCGCAGAGUGGGGAUAGAUUGGUACAUGGUACCUCUAGUCAAGGAAGCCAAACCUCUGACAUUCCUUCAGAUAAUGCCAUACAAACACAGUCAAUGAUGGUAAUGACUUCGAAUGGACAGGUCUACACAACUCUUGAGCCAGUUGGAAACAAGCAAACUGUACAUACUGAUACAUCAAAUUUUGAUGCUGUGAAUGCUUUAGUUGAAGCUGCAGUUCAAAUGGAAAAUGAUGAUAAUACAAAAGGGCAUGUUACUAUGGACACUGAGCCGAUAGAAAAUAAUGAUUACAUCAUAGUAGAGCCACAUAAUGAUGAUACAGAGGUGAUUACUGAGGAUGGAAAUGAAAAGAUAGCCAUGAGGUCAGAUGAGAUAGCUGAGAUGGACACCGAGACAGCUGAUGUGGAAGGAGAAUCAGAGGUUAGGCCAGCAGGCAACAUUGAAGAAAAUGUAGGUGAUCAGAUUGUUGGCACAAUUACAACAGAUAUUGAAAGCAUAUCAGAUGAUAUAGAUUUGGCCAAACUGGAUGGCACAUCCGUUGCAUCUAAGGAUCCCUCUAUAAAGCAGGAAAUUAUUGAAACACCAGUGAGAAAAAGCUCUAGGUUGCAGAUCAAGAAAGAAGUAAAAGGUUCACAAAGUCCAAAAACCAAAGUUGUCAAAAUAAGGAUAAAACAGAAGUCUGGCACUAGUCCAAAUAUUAGUAACAUAGAUGUUGACACCCUUGGAAAGAAAUAUGGAUACUUUUGUUCAAUUUGCAAUAUAAAGCUUCCACCUGAGACUGUUUUGAAAGAACAUCUUGAGUCACAUAGAACAACAAAGAAAGUUGCUGUCGAGAAAAAGACAGAGCAGUCAAAUAAAGUUCUUUUGUAUUAUUGUUCCCUUUGUAACAAAAUGUUCCCGAGUGAAGAAGAGCUGAAGAUACAUUGCCAGCAACACAAGGCUUAUCAUGAUUUUGAUGCAGAGGCUGAAGAGGAUGAAGUUGAAUGUACAGCAGUUAGACAAGACGAUUUUGAGGCAGAUAGAUACUGGGAAGAGGGGGAGUAUGAAAACCCUUCUGGAACUGUGGUUACUGUCAAACGACUAAAGACUAGGGCAGCUGUGAAAAAGGUAGAACAUUCACUAGUGUGUAAUAUCUGUGACAAGGAGUUCUACAACAGGAGUACCUUGUAUGCUCACAAGAAGACCCAUGGAAGGGUGGAGGAUAAUGAUUUCUCCAAGUGCCCUAAAGGGUGCGGCCAGAAGUUUAAGAGCGAGAUAGAGGUUGACUUGCAUGGACCUUUUUGUGUGAAGAAUAUAGAAGGACCGAGAGAAAGGGUGUGCAGUGAGGAUGAAGAUGAAGGGCUGAGGUGUCCCUUCUGUAGGAAGGACUUUGAAACAAAAGCAAAGAAGAAGUUUCAUUCCUUAGUCUGUCAGUCUAGGCCUGAAGAGGAGUGUCCUAUUUGUAACUUUAAGUGUAGAGGGCAGCUUGCUAUGAGUAAACAUCAAGUGAAGACCCAUGGUAUAAAGCCAUAUAAAUGUAAUAUAUGCGACAGAGAGUUUAAGCUGAAGGGUUCUCUCAGGGAUCACAUAAAGUCAAGUCACACUGAUGCGAAACACACAUGUGAGCAUUGUGGGAAGAAAUUUGUCAAGCUCAAUGUAUACAAGCGCCACUUGUUUGUCAUACAUGGUGGCUUCAGGUACCCGUGCAACUAUUGCCAUAAGAAAUUUAAGGACAAACGUUGUUGGAGAAUUCAUGAGAAUUCCCACAAAGGAAUGUACGAGUAUUCCUGUGUACAGUGUAGAAUGUCAUUCAGCAAAGCCCCAGACUACAAGAUACACAUGAUCGAGGUGCAUAAUAUAGAGGGAACUGAAGCGUUAGAGCUGAAUAAAGAGGCCAAGAAGAUACGACAAAAACUGUGCAAGGUGGCUUGUUCGUAUUGUAAAGAGAAAUUCCCUCUUGAGGGGGCAUUUCUACACCAUCUUCAGAAGGUCCAUAACCUUAAUCAGACAGAAGCAUUUGAAGAAUUCAAUAAAGUUUGCCCUAAUGCCCAGUUUGAUGUAUUGGAAACGGAAUAGUGUUGAAAUUGACUAUGUAUGUUAUUCAUAUGAUGCUUUACAUUUGUUGUGGGGUGAGCUAAUCCCACAUUUAAAUGUUUCGAGGCAAUGACGCUAAAAUCAAAUUACUGUACUGGUAUGAAUUGGUAGUCAAAUAGAAUUUUAUAUACUUUUAAUUGUAAAUUCAUUACCGGUAUGUCACCUAAGAAUGCAAAGUACCAGGUGGUUUCAUAUAUCAAAGGGGUGCAUGCAAGACUUAAGUAAAUACCUGAAUUUAUAGAAGGGCUUAAUAUGGUCUUGCAGGCACCCCUCAGUUUGAAAGUUGUAAGAUCAACAUCUCCUGUCUAGCUCCUGGGUGAUACCAAUCUAUUAUUCCUGUUCUUGACACCAUACGAUUAUAUUUCGUUUUGGGGGGUUAAUGGCUUUUUACAAUUUUGUUUGUUAUUUUUUGUAUUAUUAUUGUUUUGAUUAAUUAAGAGUUAGCUGAAUUACUGUUGAUGGAGAAUGACUAUUAUAUGUAAGUGUUGUUGAUAACUUGGCACCGCAUUAGAGAUCAACUGUUCAUUGAAUAAAUUAAUAUUUUUUUAUCAUUUGUAUCAGCUAUAUUGAUUAUUUAUUCCAUUUUGCAUAUUUGACAUCUUUUCAAUGACAGUUUUAGCAGUUGUAAUGUCUUUUUAUGCAUUUUCAUAUUAAGCCUAUAUCCAUUUUUAUUGUAUGGAGCAUACAUGUAUUGAAUAAUUUUUAUAAAGGCUGAUUCUGACAUUAUUUAGUUAUUUGUCUGAAACUGUUCGCACUAUUCAAUUAAGGUGAAUUAUGUUCUAUCAAAAGACAUAUUUAUGUUAAAAAGAUGUAAGCAGAGAUAAGAAUCUUUAUGGUAAGAAAAUCACAUGUUUGUUUAGAAGAUGGUACCAACAGUGUUUGUUUUCAUUUUUAGCUCACCUGAACACGAAGUGCUCAAGGUGAGCUAGUGUGAUCUCCCUGUGUCUGUUGUCCUUUGUCGUCAACAAUUUGACUGUUUACUCUCUAGAGGUCACAAUUUGGGCUCAAUCUUAAUGAAACUUGGUCAGAAUGUUACCCUCAAUAAAAUCUUGGAUGAGUUCGAUAUUGGGUCAUCUGGGGUUAAAGACUAUGUCACUAGGUCAAAUUAAAGACAACGCUUGUUAACACUAUAGAGGUCACAUUUAUGCCUGUAUCUUCAGGAAACUUGGUCAGAAUGUAAAUAAUAAUAAUUUCUAGGUCAAGUUCGAAUCUGGGUCAUGCGCGGUCAAAAACUAGGUCACCAGGUCAAAUGGACGGAAAAGCUUGUAAACAAUCUAGAGGUCACAUUUAUGACUGUAUCUUCAUGAAACUUGGUCAAAAUGUUAAUAUUAUUAAUCUCUAGGUCAAGUUCGAAUCUGGGUCAUAUGCGGUCAAAAACUAGGUCUCCAGGUCAAAUUGAAGGAAAAGCUUGUAAACAAUCUUGAGGUCACAUUUAUGACUGUAUCUUCAUGAAAGUUGGUCAGAAUGUUUAUAUUAAUAAUCUUUAAGUCGAGUUUAAAUCUGGGUCAUGUGCGGUCAAAAACUAGGUCACCAGGUCAAAUCAUAGGAAAAGCUUGUUAGCACUCUAGAGGUCACAUUUAUGACUGUAUGUUCAUGAAACUUAGUCAGAAUGUUUAAAUUGCUUACCUCUAGGCCAAGUUCGAAUCUGGGUCAUGUGGGGUCAAGAACUAGGUCACCAGGUCAAUUAAUAGGAGUGCAUGUUAACACUCUAUAGGCCACAUUUAUGACCUGAACUUAUGGAACUUGAUCAGAAUGUUAUUCUUGAUGAUCUUAAGGUAGAGUUUGAAAUAGGGUAAUCAAAGGUCAAAAACCAGACCACUAGGUCAAAUCAUAGAAAAACUUUGAAAACACUGUAGAGAUUACAUUCUCUCUUUGAUCACCAUGAAACUAUGUCAGAAUGUUUGUGUUUAUGAAGUCUAUGUCAAGUUUGAAACUGGGUAACCGGAGUUCAAGAACUAGGUCACGAAGUCAAAUCAUAGGAAACAUUGUUAAAACACCAUAUUUUCUACUUUAUCUAUAUGAAACCUGGUCAGAAUGUAUACUUAUUACAGCAAGGUAAGGUUUGCAAUUGGGUCAUCCGUGAUAUUAAAAAAAACUUGGUCACUAGGAAGGAUCUAACCCACUGUCACAAUUGCCCUCUCCCUGAAAACACUUAUUUCACACUUGAAUGGGAUCAGGUGAGCAAUGUUAAUUUAACACUUUACAGUUCAAUGUAUGUUCUAUGGGUAUGCCAUGACAUAUUGACAUCUGUAUUUUUCUUGUAAAUCCUUAGAUAUAUUCACCAAUUUUGAAAUUAUAUUUCAAAAGAUGGACACUAAUAAAUUGUAAACUGUU